AUGUCCGAAAUACCAGAGAACCCCAUAGUCAUCGUGGGAGGAGGACUCGCAGGUUUAUCAGCUGCGCACCAGGCGUAUUUGCGCGGGGCCAACGUUGUCCUCAUUGACAAACAAGGAUUCCUUUCCGGAAACUCGGGCAAGGCCACCUCGGGGAUCAACGGUGCCUUGACUCGUACCCAGAUCAAUCUCGGCAUUAGAGACUCGGUAGAGCAAUUCUACGAAGAUACACUCAAGACGGCCAAGGACAGAGCCAACCCCGAUUUGAUCCGCGUGUUAACUUACAACUCCGCCGAUGCAGUGCAUUGGCUUCAAGAAGUGUUUGGACUCGACCUCUCGGUGGUGUCGCGUUUAGGAGGCCAUUCGCAGCCUCGUACCCAUAGAGGCCACGACUCCAAGUUCCCCGGUAUGGCUAUCACAUAUAAAUUGUUGGAAAAGUUGGAGAGUUUAGCUGAGGAUGAGCCUGAUCGGGUGGCGAUUUUGAAAAACUCGCAAGUGAUCGAUAUUCUCGUUGAGGGCGAAAGGCACGUUGUCGGGGUCAAAGUCAAGGAUUUGCAGAGCAAGGACAAGUUUGACGUGCGCGGGCCCGUGAUUAUGGCUACUGGUGGAUACGCGGCCGAUUUCACCAAGAACAGUUUGUUGAGGAAAUAUCGGCCCGAUAUCAUUGACUUGCCCACGACGAACGGCACCCAUGCAACUGGUGAUGGCCAAAAGAUCAUCAUGAAGAACCAUGGUGUUGGAAUCGAUAUGGAUAAAGUGCAGGUCCACCCCACGGGAUUGAUUGAUUACCACGAUACCGAUGUUAUCGAGGGCAAGAAGCAGCCGAGGUUCUUGUUUCUUGGUGCAGAAGCGUUGAGAGGUGAAGGUGGUAUCAUGUUGAAUGGCAAAGGGCAGAGAUUUGUUGACGAGUUGGGCACGAGAGAUUGGGUUUCCGGCGAGAUGGAGAAGCAGAACAAGGCCGGUAAUGGUCCUAUUCGGUUGGUGUUGAGCGAGGAGAGUGAAAAGAACUUGGCGUUCCACAUCAAGCAUUACACGCUGAGAAACCUCAUGAGAACGGUUACGGGAAGCGAGUUGUGCAAAGAGAUUGGCUGCAGCGAAGAUGACUUGAAGCAGCAGUUGGACACAUACAACAAGGCCGCCAAAGGUGAGAUCCCUGAUCCAUUCGGCAAGAAAUAUUUCCCAGCUACACCAUUUGAGUUUAAGCCAGAUGCGAAAUACCACGUUUCCUUCAUCACUAGAGUGUUGCAUUUCACCAUGGGCGGUGUCAAGAUCAACGAUAAAGCACAAGUCUUGACUGACAAGGACGAUGUUCCAUUUGAAGGGUUAUAUGCCGCGGGUGAAGUUGCCGGUGGUGUGCACGGCCACAACAGAUUAGGUGGCUCGUCAUUGUUGGCGUGUGUUGUCUAUGGCCGAGUCUCAGCUGACCAGGCAUCGAGCUAUGCCUUGCACAAGUUGAGCACCAGCGGCGCUACGACUCCAGUCAGCGCCAGCAGCAGAUUGAACAUGAUUAAUUUCCACGUCGACCCCAACGCCAGGAAGAUUAUCAUUGACUUGGACGGUGACAAUUCCUCCGCCUCGAGUUCCGAGUCUGUACAAUUGUCUCAAGAAUCCAAGUCGGCGCCAGCGCCAGCUCCAGCAUUCAAGAGCAAAAAAAAUGGCGGUGAACCGGCUAAGAAGAAGGAAGCUAAGCCAUUCUCUAUUCCAGACAAGGAAUUCACGCCGGAGGAAGUCGCGAAACAUAACAAGCCAGAUGACUGUUGGUGUAUAAUCAAGAAUGUGGUUGUUGAUUUGACCUCAUUCCUUGAAGGACACCCCGGUGGCGCGCAGUCGAUUUUGAAUUUCGGUGGUCGUGAUGCAACUGAGAGCUUUGAGAUGUUGCAUGAGGAUAAUUUCAUUCCCAAAUAUGUUGCUAAUUGCGUACUUGGAGUUAUGAAAGGCACCAAAUCCGAGCUCGAGCUUUGA